AUGGCUACCUUCAAAGCAUCCAAGAUCUUGGUGUUCGGCGCGACUGGCCAGAUUGGUGUUUUCAUCACAGCGGCAUUGCUAGAUGCCAGCCCCUCUUUUGACCAAAUCACCAUCUUCACAUCGCCGACCACAGUGGAGAGGAAAGCAGACUUGCUCGAUGACUGGAAGAAGAAGGGACUGAAGAUCAUCGCCGGCGAUGUCGACGACACGGAGCAAGUCAAGGCGGCUUACAAGGAUGCCGAUACCGUUAUAUCUGCGCUGGGUAGAAAUGUGAUUGAGAAGCAAAUCGAUCUCAUUAAAUUGGCCGAGGAGACCGACUCUGUCAAAUGGUUCUUCCCCUCCGAGUACGGAACGGAUAUCGAAUACGGUCCCAAGAGCCCCAAUGAGAAGCCUCACCAGGCCAAGCUCAAGGUACGCAAGUACAUCCGCGAGAGUGUUCAGAGACUCAAGUACACGUACCUGGUAACGGGCCCUUACGUCGACAUGUUCUUGACUUUGCCGUCGAUUGCGCAAGAGGCUGGCGGGUUUGACACAGCUGCCCGUAAGGCAGUCCUGAUUGAAGACGGCGAAGGGAAGACUGGUCUUAUCACCAUGAAAGACGUUGGUACAACAUUGGUGGCAUCACUUCGUCACCCCGAGGCAUCCUUCAACCAAGCUCUCAAAGUUCAGUCCUUCGUGGCGACCGGCAAGGAAAUUGUGGCCGAGUACGAGAAGCAGACUGGAGAGAAGUGGGAAAUCGUCUAUUCGUCGCUGGAGACCUUGAAGAAAGCUGAGGAGAAGGCGUGGGCUGAGGGCAUCCCUUACGCCACCAUCUUUACCUUGCGACGCAUCUGGGCUGAGGGCGGCACUUUGUACGACAAGACUGACAAUGAGAGGAUCGGGCUUGGACCAAACGACGUUGAGAGCUUAGAGAUCGCUGUCAAGAGAUCACUGGAUACAUUAUUACUGAACCGGAUCCCGGCCCGCUCGCGGAUCCUGGAACAGCGCGGCGUGCCAGGGACUGUAGCUGCUAGCGGCGCUGAAAUGCGUAACAGCGACGUGUGGCAGCUGUGGCAGCUGUGGCAUGUGGGCAGCUUCCCCAUGACCACCGGCGACUUCCCCAGCUUUCCCAACUUCGCUUUGUCGUCCCGACUGCCCCCCUCUCGAACGAGGCAGCAUCCAGCGUCGUUCGCCAACAUGGCUCCUUCGGGUCUUCGACAGUGCAUGCACGAUGUCAGCCUAUACUUGCUUGUCUUAAUUUCUGUCUCGACUUUGGGCCCCCUGCAGUUCGGCUUCCACCUUGCCGAGCUCAACGCCCCUCAAGAUGUCCUUACCUGUCGAAAGAAGUCAAUUGCGGCCAAGGGAGUGAAGCUUACAUGGGUGCACUCGAAGGCGCCGGACCCCGAGCCCUGGCUCCCCGAGUGUAUUCCCAUGUCUGACGCCGUCUUCGCGACCGUCUCCUCCAUCUUCACUGUCGGUGGCCUGCUCGGUGCUCUUUGUGCCGGCCCCUUGUCUUCGAAGCGCGGCCGACGUCCUGCUAUGCGAGUCACGUCCAUUUUAUACAUUAUCGGUGCCAUUAUCGAAACCCUCGCUGGAGGUGCUGCUGCUCUGGCAAUCGGCCGAUUCUUCACGGGUAUGGCGGCUGGCGCGUCUACCGUCAUUGUUCCGCUGUACAUCAGUGAAAUCGCGCCGCCAAAGGAGCGCGGUCUGUUUGGUGCCAUGACUCAGGUCUCCAUCAACGUGGGCAUUCUUGCCGUCCAAACUCUGGGCUUCUUCCUGAGCUACGGGAAGGCUUGGCGCUGGAUCUUGGCUGCCGGCGUCUUCAUUGCGUUGGCGCAGGCUUCCGGCCUCAUGUUGAUUCCUGAGAGCCCGGCGUGGCUGGCUGCCAACGGCGACGUCCCGAAGGCUCGCCGUACUCUGCAGCGUAUCCGUGGCAAGGACUUCGACAUCAGAGAGGAAGUCGAGAGCUGGGAUGGGGAAGUGAACGCUGAGCAAGAGGGUCUCUUGGCCCAGAGCGACGACGUGCCGCCAGUGUCUCCUGGCCUGCCCAAGCACACCUCGCCUGUCCAUCUUGGAUUCUUCGACGUGAUCAAAGACCCGCUUCACCGACCUGCUAUCGCCGCUAUUAUCGGCAUCAUGUUUGCCCAGCAGCUGUGUGGCAUCAACUCUGUCAUCAUGUACUCGGUAUCUCUCCUGAACGACUUGUUGCCCGUCAGCUCCGCCCUACUGACGAUUUUGAUUUCUGUCAUCAAUCUCAUUACGACUGCGGCUUGCUCUCCGCUGCCGGACAAGCUCGGAAGAAAGACCUGCAUCCUGGUCUCCAUCAUUGGACAGGGAAUCAGCUCGCUGGUUCUUGCUCUUUCUAUUCAGUUCGGGGUCAAGAUCUUGUCGGCUGUGUCAGUCGUUUCAUUUGUAGCAUUUUUCGCCGUUGGCCUUGGACCAGUUCCUUUCAUCCUUGCGUCCGAAAUGGUUGGACAAGAGGCUGUUGGCGCUGUCCAGUCCUGGUCUCUAGGAUCCAACUACAUUGCAACCUUCCUGGUUGCUCAGUUCUUCCCGAUCGUCAAUAAUGCCUUCAACAAUUGGCUCGGAGGAGCUGGCUGGGUGUACUUCCUCUUCGCCGGCUUCGCUGCACUUUUUGCCCUGUUUGUUUCGGUCAAGGUGCCCGAAACCAAGGGCAAGAAGGACGCGGACGAAGUUUGGGGACGCACUAGACGGCUCGACUAA